AUGAUGACUCAAAGACCCAACCCCAACAGCACUCAAACAGGAAGCUUUACCCUCUCUGCGGAAGGCGAAUUCUUCCGCUCAGCCUCUCCAGCCGGGGGCCAUGGGCACGGACCCCCGCCGUCUGACUCGGAGGAUGGGGGCUAUUCUAGCGUGGUCCCUCUCCCGCAGUACACAGCCCGCCCAAUGAGCCUCCACGAGAAAACUUUAGAGGCACAUAUGCGUGACCCAUCUAUUUCCUCCGAAUCCCAAAAUUAUUACCCCCAUGACGAAAAGAACGCCAAUCGUUACGACGAAGAUGUAACCUCCGAUAGUUCAUCGGCUAUUUCCUUUCCAAGUAGCUACGGCAAUACCUCCACCGCAACGAGGGAGACUCCGCCACCGCCGUACUCACCCCGUCACUCCGCAGCGCUGUGUCGCUCGCGGUCCAUGUCCAUUUCAUCCGCUAUGGCGGUCAUCAUUAAUCCGCCUCCCGCUGCCCGCAUGAACGGCUCGCGGACUGGACCUACAUACUCUGAGGAGGACGACCGGUCGAUUCGCCGUCACCGGCGAGCCUCUUGGGAGAGCCGGUGA